CUCCUUCCACUCUUUUUGCUCCCGUUGCGCUGCGCACAGCCAACAGACGGUCCUCCAGCUCCGGUGCGAAGAUGGUCGGCGGCUUGUGCGCUCGCAGGUUGGCCCGCCGGUCUCGGUCCGCCCUGAUCGCAGCCCUCACGGUGCUGCUGGUGCAGACGCUGAUCGUGUGGAACUUCAGCACCCUCGACUCCGGCGAGGAGAGAGAAAACGGGCGAGAAAAGAGGGACCGGGUCGCGGGCAACAAAGCCGCUGGCAGCGACUAUUUCCAGCAGCACGGGGUCCGGUCGCGGCGGCAGCAGCAUCUUCCUCCGCCGGGGAGGGGGACGUCUCGCCACAUACAGCAGCCGGAUGGAUAUUACUCCCACCGGCCAAAGGAGAAAAGUAGAGUCGACAGCAACAAUGAGAACUCUGUGCCCAAAGACUUUGAGAAUAUAGACAAUAGUAACUUCGGUGCACGCUCGCAGCCGCACCGGCAGUCUGUAGGAGCCACCAGCAGUAAGCAGCAGCGGGAUCACCUGCAGGAGAAGGCCCACGCCCAGCAGCAAGCAUGGCACGACAACUCCCCCGGUCUGGGCCGCAGCUCAAACGAGGUUCUGCCUGUAGGCCACCAGCCGCUGGCAGUGGGCAACAACAACACCUCCUACCCAGGUGGUCACGGCACCGCAGAGGGAGCACGGCAGCACUACCGUUCCUCACAGGCCCAGCAGGCGCAGUCACAGCACAGACAUCAGCACCCGCACAGGAGGCAGGCGACGGCAGCAACGCUGGAGGUGACCUACGACCAGCCACCCAAGUGCGAGAUCAGCGGGAAGGAAGCCAUUUCAGCUCUGUCGAGAGCCAAGAGCAAGGAGUGUCGGCAACAGAUCGCUGAGGUGUACUGCAGACACAAGGAGGGGCAGUUAAUGCCUGAGAAGGUCACUCGCUACUGCCCCCUCGAGGGCAAAGCCAAUGUGAACAUCCAGUGGGAUGAAGACUCUGCUGAGAGCUUUCCGUCAAAACCAGUGAGAAUAGCGUUUGUCCUGGUGGUCCACGGUCGAGCCUCUCGCCAGUUUCAUCGCCUCUUCAAAGCCAUCUACCACACCUCCCACUACUACUACAUACACGUCGAUCAGCGCUCUAACUACCUGCACAGACAGGUGCAAGCCUUGGCUUCCCAGUACACCAAUGUGAGGGUGACUCCCUGGCGAAUGGCCACCAUCUGGGGUGGAGCCAGUUUGCUCACCAUGUAUCUCCGCAGCAUGGCAGACCUGCUGGCCAUGAGGGACUGGAGCUGGGAUUUCUUCAUCAACCUCAGUGCUGCUGACUACCCCAUCAGGACCAAUAACCAGCUGGUGGCCUUCCUGUCCAAAUACAGAGACAUGAACUUCAUUAAGUCCCACGGCAGGGACAAUGCUCGGUUUAUCCGUAAGCAGGGUCUGGAUCGUCUGUUCUUUGAGUGCGACACCCACAUGUGGAGGCUGGGCGACCGUAAAAUACCAGAAGGCAUCUCUGUGGAUGGCGGGUCCGACUGGUUCCUCCUCAACCGCAUGUUUGUGGAAUAUGUAAUCAACUCCAAGGACGAUCUGGUCACCAACAUGAAGCGCUUCUACGCCUACACUCUGCUGCCUGCCGAGUCAUUCUUUCACACUGUGCUGGAGAACAGCGCCCACUGUGAGAGCAUGGUGGAUAACAAUCUGCGCAUCACCAACUGGAACCGUAAACUGGGCUGUAAAUGCCAGUACAAGCACAUUGUGGACUGGUGUGGAUGCUCUCCUAAUGACUUCAAGCCGGCAGACUUCCAUCGAUUCCAGCAAACAGUGCGGCCCACCUUCUUUGCCAGGAAGUUUGAAGCCAGCGUGAACCAGGAGAUAGUGAACCAGCUGGAUGCCUACCUGUUUGGACCCUUUCCCCAGGGAACGCUGGCACUAAACUCGUACUGGGAGAACGUGUACGACGAGCCAGACGGCGUGGCCAGCCUGUCGGACACGCAGCUCACGUACUACCACUCCUUUUCGCGCCUGGGCCUGGCCAGAGCUGCUGCCUCGCUGCAGGGGAACCCAAAGGAUCACAGCUGCAGGUACUUCCCCAUGGGCCACCCAGUGUCAGUGCAUCUCUACUUCCAGGCAGACCAGUUCCAGGGCUACUUGGUCAAGCACCACGCCACCAACCUGGCAACGAGCAAGCUGGAGACAAUGGAGACCUGGGUGGCACCCAAGAAGAACUUCAAGCUAGCCACCCCUCCAACCAGCACAUUCAUCAGGUUGCAGUUCGCAGAGAUCGGUACAGAGUGGGAUGCCAAAGAACGUAUGUUCAGAAACUUCGGCGGCCUGAUGGGACCCAUGGAUGAGACGGUGGGAAUGCAAAAAUGGACCAAAGGGCCCAACGUCACCGUCACGGUCGUGUGGAUCGACCCCACCAACGUCAUCGCAGCCACCUAUGACAUUCUGAUUGAUGCCAGCGCCGAGUACACCCACUAUCGACCUCCGCUCAACCAGCCUCUGCGACCAGGCGUGUGGAGCGUCCGCAUCCUGCAUCACUGGAGCCCCGUGGCUGAGAUGCGCUUCCUCAUCGCCCCGUUGGCUUACAACAAGCAUCAGCCCAUACGACAAGAGGAUACUCUGAAGCUCCACAACGGACCAGCAAAGAAUAGCUACAUGGAGCAGAGUUUCCACGGCCUCAACCCGGUGCUCAACAUCCCCGUCAGCCUGGGUUACGUGGAGCAGGCCAAGAGAAACGCAGCCCUGACCGGCCCAGAGCUCGAGCACUGGUUAGACAGCCUGGUGGGCGAACUGUGGGAGGCGGCCGACAUCUGCGCCGUGGGCCCCACCGCCUGUCCAGUCAUGCAGGCCUGUCCCAAGAACCCGUGGAGCUCCCUGAGCCCAGACCCCAAGUCCCAGCUGGGAGCUCCACGGGCCAAUGGCCGGAUCAGGUAGCAGCGAGGCCUCCAGCUGGACAGGAGGCCGUGACACUGUUUAUCUUUAUUUAUUCAAGGGCUUUCUUCCAGGUUAGGGGAGAAGGAGUGAGCGUUGUUCCUCUGUCUGGGGAGAGAUGAAGGAAACAAAAGAGAAAGUGGAUUCUUUUUCUUUUUUAGGGACGUUGGUGAGGGCGCCUGGACAGAAAGCGAGGAGGAAUGGUUUUCAUAUCCUCCCACAGGAGGGGGGAUUAUGCUGGCUUUGCUAUUUCAGUUUCUCAGUGUAUUUAUUUUCCUUCUCAUGGCUGAGUUUUACUGUGAUCAAAUGUUGCAAUUUUUGAGCAUUUAUUUUGCUGCUGAAUGAAUUAUGAAGUCAGCUUUUAACGCCCCGCGCAGGGCACAGCGGUCAUGCGAGUGUGGAUUGUCGACAAUGCUGGCAGACCAGGUUCUGCUGCAAUAAGGCCUUAGUUGUAAGACAUACGUGAGGAAGUAGCCAGGUACUGAAUUAAAUGUGCCUCAUUACGGUUUCUGUCAACAUCAAUUAAAUCGAACAAUAUCCGGAUAUUCAGACACCCACAAAAAAGACGAGUAUUUUGAUACGACUCCAAUGCAGCUCCAUUAAUGAAGAAACGUUGAAGAAAAAAAAUGUUAUGACAUUAUUGAAAAGCAAUUAUUUUAGAUUUCAGUAGAAUGAAUCACAGCUUACUUCAAUUCAGUGCCUGAUCAGGCUGUGGAACUGCUGUAACUCACAAUCUGCAGCAGUCACAAAAUAGAACGAGAGGAAUGCAAAUACAAAGGCCUUCUCCAAAUAAUUGGAUUACUGACACAAUUUGGAUUGAAUUUUAAUAGAAGUUUCCUGUAGACAUUUUUGUUUUAAAAAUGUACUAAAUUCAUGAAAUGCUUCUUUUGUGUUUGUUGUACAAUAGUAUUUUAGGAUUUUAACCUUCACAUAGUGUAGAUUUCUUGAAUAACACCCACAUGUCACGACAGAUAGAGGACAGAGAGAGAACUGUUUUGUCCAUCUUGGAUUUUUUUUUAUUUGUUAUUCUUUACCAACCUGCCUCAAACUUGAAACAAAUUUAUCUCAAGCUGACCUUAAAAAUCUUGUCCUUGUUUUAAAUGUCACUUGUUUCUUCAUUUCAGUCUUUUCAACGACUCUUUAUGUUGUACAUAAUUAUACAAGAAGUCUCAAAAUUUGUGUGAAUGAAGCCGGGGGGAGUCCAUGAGUCGCUAUUUAUUUCUAAGUUUAUAUUAAUACUGAUAUUUUUAGUCAGUGACUAAAUAACUGCGACGCUGCCUUGGCAGCAUGAUAAAUAUUUUUUUGUAAAGAGAGCCGCCUUUAUUUACAAAGGCCAACACCCCAAACUUAUACUGUACCUUUUUAUGGCCCGCACCUGUGUGUUAGUCAGUGUUGUCCUGUGUGAUUAGAUCUUCUUGUCUUGGUUUCUUACAUGGCUGUUUGCCCGGUGCAUCACAAGAGAAAGUCACCUUGACCUGUGAGAUCAGAGGUCAGCUACCAAACAACCUCACCAAACAGAGAAGGUUAAAAAAAAACAAAAAAAAAAACAGCCUUCACAAGCAAACACACUGGACAAUGUCUGGAUCAAAGGAGAAACUGUGCUUCGUGGUGUUUUUACGGUUCCUGUCAGUUUCAGAAUGAUAGUGAGUGGUAGUGAUCUUACUGCUGUGACAAUAAUGUACAAUUUUAAGUGAAUAUUGUAUUGUAUCUUGACUGCAAAAUGCGUAAUUUAUUAGAUUGGGUCUAUGGCACCUUUUCAAUCCUAUUUACAUUACUUGCUCUGCCAUCAAGACAAUCUCUGAACAUUUGAGACGAGUUAAUUACACCAAGGGUAGCGCUGUACCGCAACACAUCCUGAACAAGAGGUACGGUCACAUAUUUGUUUUACCUUGAAAUAAGUUUCAUCUGCACCCAAUUAGGUUUUCAAUCUGUGAUUGUCAACAUUGUUUAGCCAUCACAUGAGCUAAAUGAGUGUUUUUGCACCGGCUAAUUAAGAGACAUUACUGUUCAUUAAUGUCAAGUUCACCUUGCCUCUUUGUCAGAUGUGUGUAUUAUAAUUGCUAUCUCUCCAUCCUUUCUCAAAUCCACACUGUUGCUGCGGUUAGGCUGCAAAGGACAACUUUGUUUUCCACUGCUGCCAUCUUUAAACUUAUAUUUACCACCGUGCUCUGAACAAUUACUUCACGCAAUACAUAUUCUAAUGUAAGCGCAAUGACAGUUUUGGAAAAAGGUGAAUUAAUUAAAUGUAACUAAAUGUGAAAGUCCUAUUUUGUAACAAAAUGAUUAACAAAUGAAGAAGAUGUACAUAGGUAUUUUGUAUUGAAAUAUUGUUUAAAAGGUAUUGUACAUGUAAAUACAGAUGUGGUCAAAAUGGCAUUGAACUAUUAAGAGUUUAUUGGAGUGUCAAUAACUGGGCACAAAUGAAUUGAUGGUGUUUAUUGAUCAAAGUACAUAACCUGUUUCAAUGUUUUGGACAGCUGUGACAACAACCUUGUCCUAUUUGCCUCUCAGAGAAAAAUCACAUGCCAGAUUGUUGAUGUUCUUGCUGGAAUGUAUUGUUGCGCAACUGUUGCACAAAUUUCUCUGACUGACGUUUCCCCUGUUCUUUUGUUCCGGGGAGGCUCUGUGUGCCUUAGCUGACUUUUAGAACCUUCUCUGUCCAUUAAAAGAAAGAACCCUUAUUUUGUUAUUUGGUUUGACCUUAUGUGAAGAACGCCAUGAGUCUGUCAAGUGAUCAUUGGUACUGCAACACCAAAAUGAUGUUUUCUGUUGUAUAUAUCAUCAGGCCUUCUGUCGUUAUCAGCUUUUUAUGAUUUUUUUCUUCCCUUUGGGAUAGUUUUGUUGUACUUGACUGGCUUGUUUUACUUUUCUCUGACUGCUUUUUGGAAAUAAAAUUCAAUGGAAAAAACAGCUCAUGUGAAUCAGUAAUAAACGAGUGAGCAUA